AUGCUGUCAGAUCCAAUUAUCCAUGAAGCCCGCCCGAAGUUCGUUGUCACUGGUGAUUUCAAUAAUGACCAUCAAAUGGAUAUCGCAGUUUCAGACUCUGAUACAGACGAAGUAGUAAUACUACUCGGAUGCGGCAAUGGAACUUUCGCAAUCCAAACAGCAUUUAAAACUGGCGAUGGAUCCAAUCUUUACUGCAUUGCCGUUGGCAAUUUCAAUAAUGAUAAUACAUUAGAUAUCACGGUUGCCAAUUACGGCACUAAUAGUGUUGGUGUAUAUCUUGGUAAUGGUAAUGGAACCUUUACACUUCUCACUACAUUGUCACUUGGUCCUUCACGCCCAGUCUCAAUUGCUAUCGCUGAUUUCAAUAACGACAAUCAUCUGGAUAUUGUUGUGUCGGCUAUUGCAACGGAAGGUUCACAAAAAAUCACAUUAUCAACAGGAACUAAUUCUAAUCCUCAAUCUAUCGCCAUUGGUGAUCUUAACCAAGACAAUAGACUAGAUAUCUGUGUCGCAAAUUCUGGUAGUAACAACGUAGCAGUAUUUCUUGGACAUGGGAAUGGUUAUUUUACACCAUCAAUCCAGUUUUCAACAGGUGAUGGUUCUAAUCCCGCUUCCGUUGCCAUUGGCGACGUCAACAGUGACCAUCAGUUGGAUAUCUGCGUCUCUAAUUCAGGCACCAGCAAUAUAGGAGUGCUUCUGGGACUAGGAAACGUAAAUUUUGCUAGUCAAACUAUAUACACAACUGGAGUUAUAUCUAAUCCAUAUUCGUUGACUGUUGCCGACUUCAACAACGACAAUCGGUCAGAUAUCACAGUAAGUGAUUAUGGCACAGAUACUGCAGUUGUACUGCUCGACUUUGAUCCUACCAAUUUUCAACAUCAAACAACUUAUCCUACUGGAAUUGGUUCAAACCCAUCGUCGAUCACCGUUGGUGACUUCAACAAUGAUAACCAACUUGAUAUAGCUGUUGCCAAUUCUGAUGGAGACAAUAUAGGAGUACUACUUGAAUAUGGCAAUGGAAGCUUUUCUACUCAAGCGAUAUAUUCAACUGGGAAUACUUCUGGUCCAUGUUCAAUUUCUGUUGGUGAUUUCAACAGUGACGGUUGGCUCGAUAUAGCCGUUGCCAAUUUUCGAGCAAAUAAUAUAGGAGUGUUGCUUGGAUAUGGUAACGGAACCUUUGCUUCUCAAGAGACAUAUUCAACUGGUAUUAACUCUAGUCCGUCUUCAAUUGCCGUUGGUGAUUUUAACAAUGACAUUAUACUUGAUAUAGCCGUCGCAAAUGUUUUAGGGAACAAUGUAGGUGUACUAGUUGGAUAUGGCAAUGGAACGUUUGGUACUCAAAAGACAUAUUCAACAGGAAGCAAUUCAUUUCCCCUGUCAGUGACAGUUGCUGAUUUCAAUAAUGGCAGUAUACUGGAUAUUACUGUGGCCAAUUUGAUGGGACAAAAUGUAGGUAUACUACUUCGAUAUGGCAAUGGAACGUUUGCUACUCAAGUAACAUACUCCUCUAGCUUUAGUAUUGAUCCGAUAUCGAUCACUAUUGGUGAUUGUAAUAAUGACAGUAUACUUGAUAUCGUCGUAGCCGAUAUAAUUGAAAACUGCGUAUGUGUACUACUUGGAUAUGGUAAUGGCUCGUUUGCAAUUCAAGCGACAUAUUCAACCGGGUCUGUUUCUCAUCCGUAUUCGGCCGCAGUAGGUUAUCUUAAUAAUAAUAAUUUGGUUGAUAUAGCCGUUGCUAAUAGUCAGACAAACAAUGUAGGAAUACUAAUUGAAUAUGAGGGUUUAAGUUGGGUACAGGUGAGUUUUCCUACUGGGAGUAAUGUUGGUCCGAUGUCUGUUGUUGUUGGGGAUUUCAACAACGAUAGUCUGGCCGAUAUCGUAGUUGCCAAUUAUGGUACUAACAAUAUGGGUGUAUUUCUUGGAAAUGAUAUCGAAACUUUUGGAAAUCAGAGCAGCUAUUUUACUGGGCCACAAUUUUCUCCGAUUUCAUUUGCAGUUUGUGAUGUCAAUAUUGACAGUCGACUGGAUAUUGUUGUCGCAAAUUCACGGAGUGAUUGCAUAGGUGAUUUCUUGGAUUCGGAAAUGGAACUUUUAAAACUCAGUUAA